UUAACCUUUCAGUUAACAGAGCCAACCAUAACUCAGGUAUCACAGGCAUCGCCUUUUCCAUUCCAUUCUUUCGAUUCAAUUUGAUUACGACGUACCGGUGCCAAACGCGACACUACAUGUAUUUAUGAGAUCGUACAUCCUCUUGAUGGUCGAAUUCCAUUACUAGGUGAUCAGACAGGCACACUCGAGGAUAUGAGAGGUCGUUCAAGCUUGGAUGAUGUAUCAAGCUUCUAGAGACUUUUGGUAUUCAAGACACUCAGUCAUAAUGCUCUUUAUAUACCCCAAUGGCAUGCUCGCUUUAGGACACAGGAUCGAUGAAGAAGCUGCAAUGAUUUAGCUCCGAACUGAUAAGAUUUGGAUCAAUGGCGGAGGCGAACUUGGAUGGGAAUGGGUAUGUGGGACCAGAGAAACGCAUCAAGCACUACAGCAAUCUCCACAGAAUACUGCUUGUAGGUGAGGGUGAUUUUUCCUUUGCAGCUUGCUUGGCCAGGAAAUUCGGCGACGCCAGCAACAUGGUAGCUACCUCGCUCGACUCGAGAGGCAUGAUAUGGAUGAGAUAUGCAUCUUCAGCGAUUGACAACUUGGAUACCAUCGAUGGCUUUUGGGGCACCGUUUUGCAUGAUGUGGACGCUCAUACCAUGAGCAAACACCCCAGUCUCAAGCAUAAAUCCUUCGAUCGAAUAGUCUACAACUUUCCUCAUGCUGGCUUCCACGGCCCUGAAGCAUCCUCACUCCAGAUUGAGCUUCACCAAGAUCUGGUAAGAGGCUUCCUGAACAUCGCGAAGGCGAUGCUGGCCGAGGACGGAGAGAUUCACGUGACGCACAAGACGGGUCAUCCAUACAGCAAGUGGGGAAUUGAGAAGCUGGCCGAGGAACAAGGCCUGUUCUUGGUCGAGGAAACGUGGUUCUCCGCACGGGAUUACGCAAGGUAUGUCAACCAGAGAGGAUCGGGCGUGAAGUGUCAUCAUACUUUCCCGGUCGGAGAAGCCUCGACCUACAAGUUUAGGAAAAGUGUUAGUGUACUUUCCCCGUCGGAGAAGCAUCGACUUACAAGCGUCAUCGUACUCUCCACGGGACGCACGGAGUGCAUUGCGUGCUCUGCUUAACUUGAGCUCGUCCGA